AACAUUUCUUCAAAUUCAAAAUCGAGCUUUGGUUCCAUGGAAAAAGAAUAACUGGACAAAUUUAUGGCGGAGGAAUCUACCAUCGCCGAAAUCCAAGCAGCUUUCGCCACCGGCGAUUUGACGGCGGCGCAGCUAGUGGACUUCUACCUCCGCCGUAUCGCGGAUCUAAAUCCGGCACUCCGCGGCGUCGUAGAGGUGAACCCCGCCGCCCGACGGCUGGCCGACGAGUCCGACCGGGAGCGGGCGAUCCGGCCGGCGGCGCUGGGCCGGCUGCACGGCAUUCCGGUGCUCCUGAAGGACACCAUCGGGACCGCCGACGAGCUGAGCACCACCGCCGGAUCGUACGCCCUCGUCGGAUCGAAGGUGCGGCGCGACGCCGGAGUUGUGGAGCGGCUGAGGAACGCCGGCGCUAUUAUUCUGGGAAAAUGUAGUAUGAGUGAGUGGUACAAGUUCCGAUCCCUCGCCGGAGUUCCCGACGGGUGGUGCGCACGCGCCGGACAAGGAGUGAAUCCGUACUCGCCGUCGGGUACACCCGGCGGGUCGAGCAGCGGGCCCGCCAUCUCGGUGGCGGCAAACAUGGCGGCAGUUGCGCUCGGCACCGAGACGCAUAGCUCCAUCAUCACUCCGGCAGACCACAACUCCGUAGUCGGCAUCAAACCAACCGUUGGCCUCACUAGCCGAGCAGGCGUCAUUCCGAUGACGCCGCGCUGGGACACCGUCGGACCGAUAUGCAGGACAGUGGCGGAUGCCGUUUGCGUGCUGGAUGUGAUCGCCGGCCCCGACCCGAGAGAUGAAGCCACUAUUGAUGCCGGAAAUUUUAUUCCGGCCGGCGGAUACUUGCAAUUUCUUAACGAGAAUGGCCUCGAAGGGAAGAGGUUAGGCGUUGUCCGGCAUCCGUUUGUAGAGAAAAUACACGACGCCAACGAACUUACUGCGUUCGAGCGCCAUAUCAAUACAUUUAGGGAAAAAGGAGGACAAGUGAUCGACAACUUGGAGAUAGCUCAAGUUGGAUCAAUCCUCGAUCCACAUCAUAGCGGUGAGGUUUCGAUCAUGAUGGCUGACUUCAAGACAUCCUUAAAUGCGAUUGCCUUCAAUGAGAGCAAUCCCGACUUGGAGAAGCUCGGGGAUUAUGACCAGGCAACGUUCAUAGCAGCCGAGCAAACGGACGGCAUAGGAGAGCACGAGAAGGCUGUCCUAACAAGAUUGGAAAACUAUUCGCGCAACGGGUUUGAGAAGUUAAUGAAGGAACAUGAACUCGACGCAAUGGUGACGCCGGGAUCGAGGGCGUGCCCCGUCUUCGCUAUUGGUGGGCACCCGGCGGUGACCGUUCCCGCUGGGUAUGCGACCGAUGGAGGAAUGCCGUUUGGGAUUUGCUUUGGAGGAUUGAAGGGUAGUGAGGGGAAGCUCAUUGAAAUUGCAUAUGCCUUUGAGAUGGCAACAAAGGUUCGAGUGAGACCAUCGCUUUGAUUAGCAUGUUUUCACAUUAUUUGUCAAAAAAAUAUUAAUUACA